AUGGCUGCAUGCCGACAAAUGGCAUAUAGGGAACGUGUUCCGCGUAAUUUUAGAGACAGGUCCAAUCCUUUAGAAGAAUUAUCUGCAGAUGAUGUUUUCGCAAGAUACAGAUUUUAUCCAGACAGCAUUAUGGAUCUCUUGCGUCAGCUGCCAGACAUAUCAUCACCAACUCGGCGGAACCUUCCAAUUCCACCCCUUCUUCAGCUACUAGUAUCGCUGAGAUUUCUAGGCACCGGUGCUACUCAUAUUCUCAUCGGCGAUGAUAUCAAAAUAUCCAGAUCAACAGCCGGACGAUGCAUAAGGCGUGUGUCAGCACUCAUUGCAGAAUUAGCGCCGCAUUAUAUAACGUUUCCCAGGGGAGACCGGGCUCAUCAAGUGAUGUUGGAAUUUUCGCGCAUCGCAGGAUUUCCAAAAGUUUUGGGUUGUGUAGAUGGAACCCAUAUUAGAAUCAUGAAACCAUCAGGGCCUCAGGAGGCAGAUUUUGUGAACAGAAAGCAGUAUCAUUCUUUGAAUGUACAGAUGGUAUGUGAUCCUUCAUUUAAAAUCACAAGCAUCAGUUGCAAUUGGCCAGGUGCAACCCAUGACAACAGAAUCUUCAGAAUGUCAGCAUUAUGUCAUCAGUUUGAACAAGGUGACCAUGAUGGCCUGUUACUGGGAGAUUCCGGGUAUCAGUGCCGCCCUUUUCUGAUGACACCUUUUAUCAACCCUUCCGACAACAGUGAAAGGCGUUACAACACUGCCUUGUGUAGGACCAGAGUGCUCAUAGAGCAAACAUUUGGAUUCCUAAAAAAGAGAUUUCAGUGUUUAAAUCUUCUGCGCACAAGACCAGAUGUGGCAGUAAUGUACAUUAAAGCUGCAGUUACUCUGCACAACUAUGGAAUAGAAAGGGGAGAGGUGCUUGAAGCCCAGCAGAAUGUUGUGCAGCAAGUGGCUGAUGUUGAUCCUCGCCCUGCUGGUGGUGAUGGCUAUGCCAGGAGGGCACAUAUUGUGCGGACAUUUUUCACUUAG